AUGUUGUGCCUUCGGGGCUAUUUACUGCCUACGGGGCUAUUACUGCCUACGGGGCUAUUACUGCCUACGGGGCUAUUACUGCCUACGGGGCUAUUAUCUGCCUACGGGGCUAUUACUGCCUACGGGGCUAUUAUCUGCCUACGGGGCUAUUACUGCCUACGGGGCUAUUAUCUGCCUACGGGGCUAUUUACUGCCUACGGGGCUAUUUACUGCCUACGGGGCUAUUAUCUGCCUACGGGGCUAUUUACUGCCUACGAGGCUAUUUCCUCUAGGUGGCUGAGCCGAGUCUACGUGGCUGCGCUGGCAGCCCUGACGGCGGCGGUUUAG